AUGGACCUUGUACUACCUACGAUGGAGUCAACCGAAGAAAGCCAUGAAGGCAAGGUUUAUACCCGGAUUCGAGACAACAGCGACGACGAUAUUGAAGAGCCCUUUUUGUAUGACACCAAUAUCGACAAACGAGUCAAGCAUGGCAGGAUCAUCCGAUCACCAGUAUGGGCGGUGAUGACACUCAUCUUAGCUGUGAUAUUAUUAGUUGAGAAUAUCUAUUUGCUCCGGACAGUCAAAUCAGCAAUGAGGAAUACUGGGACAUAUGAGACGGGGUUUGAUACAGAGCUUGAAGAGAUGAAGUCAUCCAUCAAACUACACCAGAAACGCUACACCAGCGCCAUCCGGGACCACCCUAACGGCACCCUAUACAUGGCCUUCAACACCUCCGAACCACAAUAUGUUGGCCCCCCCUCCCCUGAAAUCGACGAAGCCUGGAACUCUCUUCUCAAGGGACGCUACAUCCACUUCACCACCAACGAAACUACCUGGCUCAACUCUGACCCCGACCUGCCCACGCUCGAACAACUCCCUUCCUACGGCUCCUCAAUCCCCACAACAGGGUCUUACGGUGGCCCCGAUAUGCUACACAGUCUGCACUGCAUAAACGCUCUCCGCAAACAUAUCGAUAUGGAUUAUUAUCAUAAUACAGAUAUGGCGUGGUUACCGGAGGAGUAUAGGAGGAUGCAUAUUGAUCAUUGUCUGGAGCAGUUGAGGCAGGCGACGCUGUGUCAUGGGGACAUGACGCCUGUCACGCUCAAGGCAAUUUGGAUGGAUAGGCCGCAGUGGGUGGCGUUGGGGCAGACGGAGAGAGUGCAUAUGUGCCGAGAUGGGAUGGCGUUGAGGGAGGCGACUUGGAACACGGGAGAGGAAGUUGGGAGGAUUUCGUUUAGAGAGAUGUAA